AUGGCUGUGUGCAGAAUUGUAACAUUGAUCUGCGCCCUUAUUCUCUCAGCUGAAGCUAAAUUUUCCCACAAUAGUCAUCAUCAGAAACGAGAGACAACAUCUAGUAUAUGUGAUCCAGCUUUUAACAGCACGAGUAAAAUCCAAUGUUAUUGUGCCAAAGAUUCGAGUGAUAUAGUACGUAGCGCUGAAUGUUACCCAACACAUGAAAAUGUUAAUCUAGAUGAUCCCAGUUGGUCCAAGUUUAAUUUAUUGAAAAAUGCAACAAAACUUGUUCUAACAAAUACAAGAGGUAUUUCUUUGAAGUACAUUCCAAGUACCGCAUUAAAACACACUGAAAACCUUUUAAAGCUCGACGUUAAAUAUGGAAAUAUAGAAAUAGUCGAAUCAUUUGCCUUUGCAAAUUUAAGUUACAUCGAAGAAAUAGCGUUAAGCGGAAACCAAAUUGAAAAAUUGAGCGUUCGUGCUUUUGCACAUCAUAAGAUGUUGGACACUAUUAGUUUGGACUCUAAUAAUAUAAUCGAAAUAAACAGAGACGUGUUCUUCGAUCUACCUUCAUUAGAGAAAUUAUUUCUUACCAACAACAAGAUAACGACCAUACAUGAUCGUGCUUUUAUCCACUUGAAGAACCUUAAAGAGUUAGAGAUUGAUAGAAACAAGUUGUUCAGUUUGAACAGCGAAACCUUUUCUGGUUUAAGAGAAUUGAUGAAAUUGGAUUUAAGCGGGAAUAGUUUGGAAGUUAUCGGCGAUAAUACCUUCAAGCCUCUUAUUCAUUUGGUAUCUUUAAAUUUAGAUGGUAAUAAAAUCCAAAUGCUAGAUACCAAAGCUUUUCAUGGCUUAUCAAGACUACAAUCCCUUUCAUUGUCACAUAAUGAACUAACCGAAAUUGACAAUGUAAAUAUAUUUAAAGGACUGGAUUCUUUAACGUCACUCAGCUUAAAGGGUAAUAGGAUUAAAGAGUUGAAGAAGGCUGUAAUGGCGCCUAUAUUAAUCAAUUUCUAUGGAAAUAUGAGCUCUUUAAAUGUUGAAGAUAACAAUUUCCCAUGCGAUUGCCGUCUCGAAUGGUUCAUGUUGCUCAUGAACAAAACUGAGAACGCCAAUUUGAAACUUGUGUUAGAAAAUUUUAAAUGUCUUCCCGAUGCGGAGCUUCGUGAUAGAUGGAUGAAAAGAGUGGAAGCUGAUAAGAGCACAAGUCCAGUGCUUGAAAAUGAAGACACAGCUGGGCAGGGCGCAGACUACGAAUAUUAUGAUGAUACUGAACUGAAUGGGAGGUUAUUUUACACAGACGUAAGGGAUUUACUUAACUGCACAAAAACAGCGAGCAAAACUUCAACUGUGAUAACAACUGUCAAACCCCAAGGCAUUGAAAGUGGAAUAGUAAAUACCAAAGUCACCGCUAGUCCUAUUUUUACUACCACGACUAUGAAAAUCGUUACCAACGAACACAAACAUGAUAAUCUUGUAGAAGAAAUUUUGAAAACGACUAAAACUCCUGAAACUUUUAAAAACAACGAUAGUGAAGUAGCCAAUCAAGCGAUUAAAGAAAAUAAGCCAAAUAAAUACACUACAAGUCGAUUAGCAACAGUAUCAGCUAAGCCGUUAGAAAAAAAUCAUUUCGACGAUCAUGAUAUGGCUUCAGAUGAAGCUACGCCUGAUAGAAUAAAAGCCCACAGGAGCAUUCAAGGAAAAAGUGAUGACUAUAACGACCUAUAUAGUAACGGACAAAGUUGUUUUGUUUCUAGCUUUAAAAUGAUGAUCUUCAUUAAUUUACUGAAUAUUAGAUUUUUGUUAUAUUAG